GGGUACUUUCAGUUACAAUAUUGACGAUUACGGAUAGCGGAUGGGAAACCUUACACUUGCCACAGGGUGUGCAUGUACAGUGUAGCUUCUGAAUUGAAUUGGAAUUGACCAACUGCAUGAGGAAUUAUGUUUGGAAAGCUCUCUGCAUUCACUCAUCGUGAAACAUGGCGAUAUGAGGGGCAACUUGGGACAUUGAGCACAGGAUGGAAAAAUGAAAAUUUGUGAGUGCUAUGUGAUAGAAUGAAUGAGGAUGUAAGAAUAACUGACUUGCCAGCACUGACCCACACCAAGCUACACAUAGGACACAGCUUCGUUUGGACUCAUAUCUUUCCUGAAAGCACACAGGUCCCAAGGACUCGGAGUAAGCAUGCCACGUGCCACCACAAUGGCUCUAUCUACCUGUAUGGUGGAGUAUGUGGGAAUGUAUCCCUCAAGGACAUGUGGAGGUUUGAACCUAGUACAAGCCUCUGGACCAAGCUAGAGUGCUGUGGAGAUACCCCUCCCCUUCUCCAGGACCAUACCAUGGUCGGCUACAAGGAGUCCAUCUUCAUAUUCGGUGGACUGUGUGGGUUCGAUAACCCAGGAGAAACCUCUCUCUGGAUCCUCGACCUCACCAAGUUCACCUGGCGGAAGCAGGUCAUCACCUCGGAGGUCACGACCCCUACCAGUCGCAGGGGUCAUUCUGUGGUAUGUCACAACGGUGGGAUGCACCUGUUUGGAGGCCACCUGGACCUCAAAGGAUCCUGUAAUGAAAUGUGGACUUUGGAUUUUGAUUCGCUCUAUUGGCAUACCAUGGUCUACAGUUCACAGGAUUCCUGCCCCCCUCCGAGACACGGCCACUCUGCAGUCAUCCAUGAUAACUCCAUGUUUAUCUACGGUGGCAGCAAGAAUCUCCAGCCGCUCCAAGACAUGUGGAAAUGGGACUUUGGGAGUGGUCAUUGGUCCAAGGUACGCUACUGGCAAGGUCCACCGGCCCUUCACGGUCACUCGGCCCUCUGCCUUGGAGACUCUAUGCUUAUCUAUGGAGGGGAAGACAAGGACGGCGUGCUCAGGAGUGACCUGUGGAUAUUCAGCUUCAGUUCUGAGAGUUGGACAAAGGUGCCCUACAAGGGUAGCAUCGUGCCUUCACCAACCAUGCACCAAACCUUUGAGAUGGACAUCCCACAGUCAAACUCCCUCUUUCCACCUCAAGAUGAGCGCUCCCUCUCUGCCCCUUUCCUCCAACGACCCAGCAUGUCGUCGCUCCACGUAAGACCCCACCCAAGACCGCAUUCAUCUCCUGCUUACUCCAAGGGUAGCAUGAAAGAGAGGGCAUUCAGGAACAGGGUGCACCCCAACAAUGGACACGUUGCAUCGAGCGAUGUUGGUGACUCUAGGGAUACUGUUUCUGCGAUGAGCAGAAAUGCAGAUGAUGAUGUUCGUGGUGAUGACAGUAGCCCAGAGGAUGGUGUGGAUGGGGAGGAAGAUAUCUACAACUCAAGGAUUUUCAUACCUGUUGAUGAGCUAACCAGCUCUAGUAGGGAGAACCUUCUGGAGGACCUAGCAAGUCAGAGAUCUGAUACAAGCACAAGGACAUUCAGGAAAAGAAGAGUGAGACCAGUUGGGACAGAUGCUCUGGCUGCCCUGGAUGGAGAAGGGAAUCUUGAGGCAACCUCUGGAGAUGUCCUGCUGACAGACCUUGAUCUGGUGAAUCACAAUAAGAUCAUAGCCUCUCCUGGUACUGCUCCCAGCAUACCUAGAGUCAGCAUAGAGGACUAUGACAAACCUGAAAAUCCUAAAACAUUGAUUAACAGGUCGCACGGGUUUGGGAAUGGGAUAUCCGUCGGGAAUACUCGGUGCAAUAAUCUGGAGAAGUUCAAUAAGAGGCCACAAAUUAUCCAAGUGAUGCCAAAGUCCAAAUCGGAUGAAAUCCCUUUGUUGAGCUGUUCCAUCGAUGACAUGAACUUGAAAAACAAGUGGCAGUCGUGUGAGCAGUUUGCUUUUGUCAAUGAUGGUUUUACUAUUGGCGAUGACACGUUGAAGCCUCGUCAGCGAUCAAAUAGUUUAACGGAGCAGAAAUUGGUCAUCGAGAGCAUGCUUGGUGAGCGUCAUCUUUCUCUUAAUGAUUUGCCGAACAUGGCCACACUGAUCAUGCGGCAACAUGACAGAACUUCUACCAACCGAACUCAACGGUAUCAUAAAGAACCUACCAAGCCGAGCGGAAAGCGUCCUGUGCUGAAGAAACGAUCUCAAACCGACCAUACCCUUUAUGCCAAAACUAUACAACAGAGCAAUGAACAAUUCACUGCGGAUGGUUUUAGUAGUAAAGGGCGCCAUCAUGUCCCGGUCCCUGUACAUCUCUAUGUGUUUGGUGGUCAGGAACCUAACGUGAGCAGUGUCCACAAGUACCAGACCAGGUUACCGGUGUUUAGAUGCACAAUUGUACCGGGAAAGCUGUCACCCAAUGAGAUCCAGGCUCUUCUUCACUGACAUUGACUACAUGACCUUUGACCCCUGAAUUGAUCUUUGUAGCAAUGAAGGUGUAUCAGGGAUGAUUCAGCCUUUGGAAGCUUGCGUUGUCCACGGGUCAAUUUCGUGGAGCAGCGGCACUUUUACCCUUUAACAGGGUUUAAAUGAAAGCGUGUCACUUAUGUAAGAAAAUGAAUGUCCAUUCGCAAAGUGAUUUCAAUUUUAUUCUGUUUCUUUGAUUGGAACAUAUUUGGAGAGGGCCAGGUACCCACAACUUAAGACUUGAAGAAGACCGUAACAAGGGAUACCUUUCCCCUGCUUUUGGUGAUAAUUAUCAACGAAAUAUUCUGAGACAUGGUGUAUGAGGCAAAAUUUCUAAAAAGCUCCAAGCAAAUGAGCAAAUUUUUUAAACUCAGUGGAAGAAAUGUAAAUUUGUAAUGGAUUUUGACAAAAUACUUCUAAUUUGAUAUCACAUUUCACCCCUUUUACAUUUUCUUUUUUUUCCUUGGGGGUGUUUCACAAAGUUUAAAGAAUGAUUUAGAGUGUCACUUAAAUGUCUAGUUGGGCGCGGUAUAAAAGGCAUGACCGCAUUGGUCAGAUCAUGCCAAGAGGACACAUGAC